AUGUUAAACUAAGAGGUGAUUAAAUAAAAUUGUAGUUUAAUUCUUAAAGGAGAAACACAAGAGAAAGGGAAUUUAUACUUAGGAAAUCUAAAUUCAAUCGAAGAAGAGAAUCUAAAAUCAAAGUCGAUAAAAGCCGUAAUCACUGCUGCAAGAGGGGUUAAUACAACAAUCAAAAAUGUAAAUCAUUAUGUUAUUGAAGCUGAUGAUGAUGAAAAUUUCUAAAUAAUUUAACACUUUUAAAAAGCAAUCAAAUUUAUUGAAUAGAAUUUAAAAUCAACAAAUGUAUUGGUUCAUUGUUUUGCGGGAGUUUCUAGAUCUGCAACAAUAGUUUGUGCAUAUCUAAUGAAAAUUGAAAAAAAAGAUAGUGAUACCAUACUAGAAAAAAUGAAAGCAAUACGUCAUCAGGUGUAUCCGAAUGAGGGAUUUAGAAAUUAACUUAAAUUAUUUGAGAAGAAAAUAUUGUGA